CAACACUUAUUUGUUUUAGUUUUGUGUGCUGUUGGCUUCUCCUGAUGCACUAAUUCAGCAAAUUUUCUAGUAGAGGUUAUCGUGAGAUUGCAGGCCGAGAGGAUGGCCGCUCGAGUGUAUUUCUCAUUGACUGCUGUUUUAUUGUGUUUGAUCGGAUACUUGAGCAUAACUCAUGCUAAUCAAAGACGAACCACAGUGGAUGGUUACUGUCCGGCGACGCUGACGGUCGUGCCAUCCCAUCGAGGAUGUACCUCUGAUGACGACUGCCCUGGAGGACACAAAUGCUGUCGAUUUGAUUGUGGUCCUGUUUGUGUGCUGCCUGUUUUCAUGAAGCCAGGGAAAUGCCCCAUACCGGAGAUGAUUCCACUGUGUGCUGAAGGUUGUUUCCAUGAUGGCCAGUGUCCUGCCACACAGAAAUGUUGCCCAGCCACUGGUGGCUUUGCAUGCAGUGAACCACGUGGUCAGGGAAGCGGUCAGGCAAGUUGUCAAGUAAGGGGCCAGGCAAGUGGCAUUGGCCAGGGCAGUGUCAAGGGAGGUGGCAUUGGCCAGGGAAGUAAUAUUGGUCGUGGCAUUGGCCAGGGAAGUGGAAUUGGCCAGGGCAGCAUCAAGGGAGGCAGCAUUGGACAAGGAAGUGGAAUUGGCCAGGGCAGCAGUAUUGGUUACGGUAUUGGCGGCAUUGGCCAGGGAAGUGGAAUUGGCCAGGGCAGCAUCAAGGGAGGCAGCAUUGGCCAGGGAAGUGGAAUUGGCCAGGGCAGCAUUGGCCAGGGAAGUAAUAUUGGUCGUGGCAUUGGCCAGGGCAGCAGUAUUGGUCACGGUGUUGGCGGCAUUGGCCAGGGAAGUGGAAUUGGCCAGGGCAACAGUAUUGGUCGCGGCAUUGGCCAGGGAAGUGGAAUUGGCCAGGGCAGCAGUAUUGGUUACGGUAUUGGCGGUGUUCGCCAGGGGAGCAUCAAGGGAGGCAGCAUUGGCCAGGGAAGUGGAAUUGGCCAGGGCAGCAUCAAGGGAGGCAGCAUUGGCCAGGGAAGUGGAAUUGGCCAGGGCAGCAUUGGCCAGGGAAGUGGAAUUGGCCAGGGCAACAGUAUUGGUCGCGGCAUUGGCCAGGGAAGUAGUAUUGGUCACGGCAUUGGCCAGGGAAGUAGUAUUGGUCGUGGCAUUGGCCAGGGAAGCGGAAUUGGCCAGGGCAGCAUCAAGGGAGGCAGCAUUGGCCAGGGAAGUGGAAUUGGCCAGGGUAGUAGUAUUGGUCGCCGCAUUGGCCAGGGAAGUGGAAUUGGCCAGGGUAGUAGUAUUGGUCGCGAAAUUGGCGGCAUUGGCCAGGGAAGUGGAAUUGGCCAGGGCAACAGUAUUGGUCGCGGCAUUGGCCAGGGAAGUAGUAUUGGUCACGGCAUUGGCCAGGGAAGUAGUAUUGGUCGUGGCAUUGGCCAGGGAAGUGGAAUUGGCCAGGGCAGCAGUAUUGGUUACGGUAUUGGUGGUGUUCGCCAGGGGAGCAUCAAGGGAGGCAGCAUUGGCCAGGGAAGUGGAAUUGGCCAGGGUAGUAGUAUUGGUCACGGUAUUGGCGGCAUUGGCCAGGGAAGUGGAAUUGGCCAGGGCAGCAUCAAGGGAGGCAGCAUUGGCCAGGGAAGUGGAAUUGGCCAGGGUAGUAGUAUUGGUCACGGUAUUGGCGGCAUUGGCCAGGGAAGUGGAAUUGGCCAGGGCAGCAUCAAGGGAGGCAGCAUUGGCCAGGGAAGUGGAAUUGGCCAGGGUAGUAGUAUUGGUCGCGAAAUUGGCGGCAUUGGCCAGGGAAGUGGAAUUGGCCAGGGCAACAGUAUUGGUCGCGGCAUUGGCCAGGGAAGUGGAAUUGGCCGGGGCAGCAGUAUUGGCCACGGUAUUGGUGGCGUCGGCCAGGGCAGGGGAAUUGGCCAGGGCCCCGGUAUUGGUCAUGGUGUGGGCCAGGGCAGUGGAGUUGGCCAAGGUGUGGGCCAGGGCAGCGUUGUUGGCCAGGGCAGCAGUCAGGGCACCAGUUUUGGCCAAGGUGUGAGCCAGGGCAGCGUUGUUGGCCAGGGCAGCAGUCAGGGCACCAGUAUUGGCCAAGGUGUGAGCCAGGGCAGCGGACGGGGCCAGGGCACCAGUAUUGGCCAAGGUGUGAGCCAGGGCAGCGGACUGGGCCAGGGCAGUGGAAUUGGCCAAGGUGUUAGCCAGGGGAGCGUUGUUGGCCAGGGCAGCAGUCAGGGCACCAGUAUUGGCCAGGGUGUGAGCCAGGGCAGCGUUGUUGGCCAGGGCAGCAUUCAGGGCACCAGUAUUGGCCAAGGUGUGAGCCAGGGCAGCGUUGUUGGCCAGGGCAGCAUUCAGAGCACCAGUAUUGGCCAAGGUGUGGGCCAGGGCGGCGGAGUUGGCCAAGGUGUGGGCCAGGGCGGCGGAGUUGGCCAAGGUGUGGGUCAGGGCGGCGGACGGGGCCAGGGAAGCGGAAUUGGCCAAGGUGUGGGUCAGGGAAGCAGCCAGGGCCCCGGUAUUGGUCAUGGUGUGGGCCAGGGCAGUGGAGUUGGCCAAGGUGUGGGCCAGGGCAGCGUUGUUGGCCAGGGCAGCAGUCAGGGCACCAGUAUUGGCCAAGGUGUGAGCCAGGGCAGCGUUCUUGGCCAGGGCAGCAGUAUUGGCCAAGGUGUGAGCCAGGGCAGCGUUGUUGGCCAGGGCACCGUUAUUGGCCAAGGUGUGGGCCAGGGUAGCGGACGGGGCCAGGGCAGUGGAAUUGGCCAAGGUGUGAGCCAGGGCAGUGGAAUUGGCCAAGGUGUGAGCCAGGGCAGCGUUGUUGGCCAGGGCAGCAGUCAGGGCACCAGUAUUGGCCAGGAUGUGAGCCAGGGCAGCGUUGUUGGCCAGCGCAGCAGUCAGGGCACCAGUAUUGGCCAAGGUGUGAGCCAGGGCAGCGUUGUUGGCCAGGGCAGCAGUCAGGGCACCAGUAUUGGCCAAGGUGUUGGCCAAGGUGUGAGCCAGGGCAGUGGAAUUGGCCAAGGUGUGAGCCAGGGCAGCAGUCAGGGCACCAGUAUUGGCCAGGAUGUGAGCCAGGGCAGCGUUGUUGGCCAGGGCAGCAGUCAGGGCACCAGUAUUGGCCAAGGUGUGAGCAAGGGCAGCGUUGUUGGCCAGGGCAGCAGUCAGGGCACCAGUAUUGGCCAAGGUGUUGGCCAAGGUGUGGGCCAGGGCAGCGGAGUUGGCCAAGGUGUGGGCCAGGGCAGCGGAGUUGGCCAAGGUGUGGGCCAGGGCAGCGGACGGGGCCAGGGUGUGGGUCAGGGCAGCGGACGGGGCCAGGGCAGCGGACUUGGCCAAGGUGUGGGUCAGGGCAGCGGACGGGGCCAGGGUGUGGGUCAGGGCAGCGGACGGGGCCAGGGAAGCGGAAUUGGCCAAGGUGUGGGUCAGGGCGGCGGAUGGGGCCAGGGAAGCGGAAUUGGCCAAGGUGUGGGUCAGGGCGGCGGACGGGGCCAGGGAAGUGGAAUUGGCCAAGGUGUGGGUCAGGGCGGCGGACGGGGCCAGGGAAGCGGAAUUGGCCAAGGUGUGGGUCAGGGAAGCAGCCAGGGCCCCGGUAUUUGUCAUGGUGUGGGCCAGGGCAGCGUUGUUGGCCAGGGCAGCAGUCAGGGCACCAGUAUUGGCCAAGGUGUGAGCCAGGGCAGCGUUGUUUGCCAGGGCAGCAGUCAGGGCACCAGUAUUGGCCAAGAUGUGAGCCAGGGCAGCGUUGUUGGCCAGGGCACCAGUAUUGGCCAAGGUGUUAGCCAGGGCAGCGUUGUUGGCCAGGGCAGCAGUCAGGGCACCAGUAUUGGCCAAGGUGUGAGCCAGGGCAGCGUUGUUGGCCAGGGCAGCAGUCAGGGCACCAGUAUUGGCCAGGGUGUGAGCCAGGGCAGCGUUGUUGGCCAGGGCAGCAGUCAGGGCACCAGUAUUGGCCAAGGUGUGGGCCAGGGCAGCGGAGUUGGCCAAGGUGUGGGUCAGGGCAGCGGACGGGGCCAGGGAAGCGGAAUUGGCCAAGGUGUGGGUCAGGGCGGCGGACGGGGCCAGGGCAGCGGUAUUGGCCAAGGUGUGAGCCAGGGCAGCGUUGUUGGUCAGGGCAGCGUUGUGGGCCAGGGAAGCAGCCAGGGUACUGGUAUCGGCCAGGGUAGUGGACGAGGUCAGGGCAGUGGAAUUGGCCAAGGUGUGGACCAGGGCAGUGGAGUUGGCCAGGGAAGCAGCCAGGGCUCCGGUAUUGGUCAUGGUAUGGGCCAGGGAAGUGGACAGGGCCAGGGCAGCGGACGGGGCCAGGGUAGCGGAAUUGGCCAAGGUGUGGGCCAAGAUAGCGUAGUGGGCCAGGAUAGCGUAGUGGAUCAAGGUGUGGGCCAGGAUAGCGUAGUGGGCCAAGGUAGCAGCCAGGGCACCGGAAUUGGUCAUGGUGUUGGCCAGGGAAACGGCCAGGGCAGCAGUAUAGGCCAGGAAAGUUAAUGGGGAAGUGAUAUUGGCCAGGGAAGCAUUCGAGGGAAUUGUCAGGGAUGUGGUCAAGGAAAUGGUCAUGGGAAUUUUGCAUGACACUUACUGGAGAUCUUUUCCAAUUCAGUGCUCUAAACCAUUUAAGCAAACCAGGGAAAAGAUGCCAAGUGAAUGGUUUCUGUCUCUUCCCCCAACUACCACCAUCUCAAAUAAAAAACA